UAUCAAAAUGAACACCAUCGUCUGCCUGGUUGGAGUUUUCCUUCUGGUUUCCGCUCCAUGUGCGUAUUCGAAGAAGAUGGCGAAUACUGACCUUCUUGAAAAAGCCAACGAAAUUUUUCAAAAAGAGUUUAAGGAUGGUGUUCGACGAGAAGUUGGUGCAUAUUGCAAUGGAGACUGCAUGUGGUAAGCCUCCCAAAGAUAUGGGCAUCAUCACUCUUGGGGAUGGAUAUGAAGCCUCGGAAAACAUUGCGGCACAUCAUGACCGAGUAGCUUGUAUUGAGAAAAUAUGCGAGAGCAAGAAAGCUACAACUAGCAUCUUGUGUGUUGUUGCCGCAUCAAAAGCUCCUGAGAAAGCCGCCGAAAAAUCGGACGAGAAGUUAGAUUACAAAAAGGACGACGAAAAGAAAAGUGACACAACUGCUGGAGCCCAAAAAAUCAUUGGAUUUUCCCUUGUCGUGCUCAUUCUGGGAGUCUUGAACUAUUAGGCAUUGUAUUGAAUGAAGAUGUUUUUUGAAAU